UCACAGUUAUGGAACACGUAUUAUUUUACACGUUCUGUGAUGUCAUCGGACGUCCAUCAGAUAAAGACAGUUUAUUUAAAAGACGCAGGAGUCGUCCAUGACGUCCGUCUCUUCGUUCCGCAGGUUCAGGAGUUUCUGUCCAGAUUCGAGAACAUCCCUGACAUGUUGGAGCUCGACCACCUCACCGUGUCCGGAGACGUCACCUUCGGGAAAAAGGUUUCCCUGAAGGGAACCGUCAUCAUCAUCGCCAAUCACGGCGACCGCAUCGAUAUUCCUGCCGGAGCGAUGCUGGAGAACAAAAUCGUCUCAGGAAACCUGCGGAUCCUCGACCACUGAGGCCUUCUGGGAAAAAAAGAAAAGCUUAUUGCACCUUAAAGAGACGU